UGCAUUUGAAAUUACUCAAGCGUAAAGUGAUCGACACGUAGAACAGUUCCCUUUGCAAUGGUGGAGUGUUGACAAAAAUGUGGAAUAUUAGCGAUUACGGAGCACGAAACAAUGGAGACAGCUACUUUAACAGAUCACCCGCAUGGCUCAGAUUUUUCAAGGAUACGAACAUCGAUUCCAUUGAAGAUGACAUCAGUACAUUUAGUAGUACAAGUGGGAAGAAACCACGUAAAUCAUGUUCUCAAAGUGUUGUAUGGUCACUGGUCGGCACCGUGGCAGUCAUCCUGCUACUAGGGGCUGCGUUUGUUCCUCUCAUACUCUAUCUGAUGGAAGAAGAUGACUAUAAAUACUACAAGGCGGAUGCACAACUGACGUUACAGGGGACCUACAGUAACGAUCUUGGCGAUUCUGACAGUAACACAUACAUAGACUUCCGAAAAGACUUCUGCAAAUUGAUGGAGAGCAAUCAAGGACAACAUACAGAAGCUUACAAAGGAUGUAUAGUUACAAAUAUUAGGAAUGGGAGUAUUAUAGUGUAUUUCACGAUGUUUUAUUACACAAAAGCCAUCAUGCAGACGACAGAAGUGCGGAUAGAGAUUAUGGCGAAGAUGAAAGAUUCUUCAACAAGCAUAACGCUCGCUGUAACAUUUACAGUAGUAAUUCAAAUAGAUACACUGCAUCUUAACGUAUUACGAACAAAUGAAGCGGAGUAUCUAUCGUCUGAAAGGGAUCCACAUUUUUUUAACUCGUCUGUGGCAAUAGCGACUGAAGAAAGUACCACUCCAAUAGAUAUAUCAACUACUGCAGAGAUUACUACAACAGAUUCUCCAGUUACUACAACCGCUACAGCAGAUUCACCACUAACAAUAACAACAUAUGAUGAACAACUGACAUCUACUACAACACAUUCUGCAAGUACUCAAAGUCUAGAAACCACCACCACUACAAUUCUUCCAGAAACCACCACCACUACAAUUCCUUCAGAAACCACCACCACUACAAUUCCUUCAGAAACCACCACCACUACAAUUCUUCCAAAAACCACCACCACUACAAUUCCUUCAGAAACCACCACCACUACAAAUACUCCAGAAACCACCACCACCACAAAUACUCCAGAAACCACCACCACUACAAUUCCUUCAGAAACCACCACCACUACAAUUCUUCCAGAAACUACCACCACUACAAUUCCUUCAGAAACGAGCACCACUACAAUUCUUCCAGAAACCACCAAUACUACAAUUCCUCUAGAAACUACAACCACUACAAUUCCUCCAGAAACUACCACCACUACAAAUCUUCCAGAAACUACCACCACUACAAAUCUUCCAGAAACCACCACCACCACCACAAAUCCUCCAGAAACCACAACCACUACAAUUCCACCAGAAAACACCACCACAAAUCUUCCAGAAACCACAACCGCUACAAUUCCUCUAGAGACUACCACCACUGCAAUUACUCCAGAAACCACCACCACUACAAAUCUUCCAGAAACCAACACCACCACGAAUCCUCCAGAAACCACAACCAUUACAAUUACUCCAGAAACCACCACCAAUACAAUUCUUCCAGAAAUUCUCACUACUACAAAUCUUCCAGAAACCACCACCACUACAAAUACUCCAGAAACCAUCACCACUACAAACACUCCAGAAACUACCACCACCACAAAUUUUCCAGAAACCACCACCACUACAGAUCUUCCAGAUAUCACCACCACUACAGAGCUGCCCUCUUUCCAGUUAUUUGCAGAGAUUAAAAUGGAUCAUGCAUAUGGCGAAAUAGGCCAAGUCUCAAAUCAGACAUGUAUGAUUGAAAUUAAAGAGGGUGACUGGGAGUUUGUGUCUCUUAAAUUUAAAGAGAGCAACGAAGAUCUUGCUGUCGUUCAGAGUAAUGGCAGUGUGACUAUUUACACCACUGACAGCCUACUAAGACCGGAAUUUAACAUCAGUGAAUCUACGAUCAAAGCCAUUGUCAAUUUUGAUUUGACAAACUUCACUUCCGAUCGGUGUUCCUCGAGACAAUAUACCCUUUUAUGCAGUGUAAAUAUGAGGAAUGGAUAUAUAUUCAACACCAGCGGAGACUUCGAUAUAAUUGCUCCAUUGACAGAACCAGAGGUAACAGUGGUAGAGACUAUGUACAACAGAUCUCUUUCCGCGGCAGGAAUUAACGCAAUGUGUAAUCUCACAAAAGAUCAGUCCAAUAAAACAGCGCAGGCAUUAGGGAUCCAGAUUCUGAACUCGACUGGUGAUGUUAUUCUGACUAAUGUUGACGUUACCCCCUACAAUGUGUCUACAAGCAGCUGUGGAGAAUUGGUUUAUAUUUCGUGGAUUGAAUUGUUUAAAUACAGAGCAGACCUAAAUAUGUCCACACUUAAUUGUUUCCUAGAAAACUCUGUAUCGAAGAAGACCGUUUUCAGCAACAACAUCACUCUAAUUUUUAAAGACCAGCAGCAACCUUGACAUCACUCGCACCUUCUAUACAGAGUCUCCGGGUUUUUGUUGCUAUUUCCAUUCACAUAUCUGUCAUUGUCACUGGGACCCCUCUAUAAUUCCGUUUGCUCUUGAUUGGGUAUAUUUUACAGACAAGGUUUCGUGGGUUCUACAUAAGGGUUCAUAAGAAUUAUUUUCACUGUAACUCCUUCUACAUGACUUAAAACUUGUGAUAAAAGAUUGCGCGGUUCUCUUGUAGAAUGACAAACAGGUUUUGAUUCAACAAUUGACCUACAUUUUCCGAAAGAAUGAUAAAGUUACAUUUUUAAAAUCACUGUCUUUCCAAAUUACAUUCCUCAGAUUUAAAUUGCUUUUCCAGAUGAGUGACUAAGUUAAAGGGGGUUAAUUACACUCUCAAUUCCCGGUAACUAUUCAUUCUACAGUAAUAAAUACUAUGAAUGAUGCCAGGGAACAUUCACUCCGAUUCGCCUUAGGUUUAUUGUGCCCUUUAUUUUCCGGAUGUGUUUUGAUUUAGUAACUCUUUAUUUCAGAGUUAUUAAAUACAUGGGUGAUACCUGUACAGAUAUACAGAAAAUACAUGGGUGAUACCUAUACAGGGAUACAGUCCAACUUGUUUUUAAUGAAAUGUUUGUCCAUGUUUUUAGAACAGUCCAUCAAAUGUCAGUCAUUAGAGAAGUUUUAUUUUUCUUUUAUCAGACCUAUUCUUGAAUAUGCUGACGUAAUAUGGGAUACAUGUACUAUUUCUACUGAAUUUGGUCAUAAAAUCGAACAUCUUAAUCAAGAAGCAGCCAGAAUCAUAACUGGGGGUACAAAACUUACAAAUAUACUUAUUCUUUAUCAAGAAUUGGGUUGGGAACCGCUUGAAAGCAGAAGGAAAAAACAUAAAAUUAUUCAAUUUCAUAAAAUGGUCCACGGCCUAGUUCCCGAGUACUUAUGUAAUCUUGUUCCUCCCAAAAUAUAUGAAUCUCACUCGCAUAACACAAGACAAGCUGACAAUAUUUUACAAAUCAAAUGUAAAACCACGCAAUACAAAAAUUCAUUUCUGCCCAGUAGUAUCUCUCUGUGGAAUAGUCUUCCUGACGAUGUGAAAAACAACCCCUCAAUAUCAAAUCUCAAAAGGCAUUUGAACAUAAAUAUUAAAUCCCCUCCGCCAUACUUUCUCAUAGCAUUAUCUCUUAGGAUGCCCAUUGUACCAUCAACUCAGGGCCAGAUAUCUUUUAGAUCUAACACAAUUGUGUAACAUUAACACAAAUACUCUGCUUUUUGGAAAUUCACACUUAUCAGUAUCUGAAAACAUAACUAUAUUUCAAUCAGUACAUAAAUUUAUUAUUCAAAGUAAAAGAUCUGCUGUACCCUAUAAAACCUGAUAUAUCAGUAAUACUUACGCUUGCAUUCUAAUAAUUGCCUUUUGUAUAUGUUCUAAAUGAUGUUGAAAUAUUCACACAACCCCACCACACAUUAUCAUCACCAUUGUUUUAUCAUUAUUUUGUAUGUACGUGUAAAUGACGAAUCGCAUAUAUAUGUUUAUGCCAUAACCAUAACACGAUUCUGAUUUAUUAAUGUAAAAUAGGAGACGGAUUUAUAUAAGUGCUAGCACUUGUUUCCGAAUCCUGUUCAUUUUGCAUCUGUUUGUAUGUUUCAUGUAAUGCUUCAUUUAAUAAAUAUAGUUUAAACCAAA